GCUAUUCCAUUGAGAAAAGCAGCUCCACAGAGCACUCAUGAUGAAAUCCGCACCAGAAAACAUGAAAUCAGCCGGGGUCUGGGGUGCAAGAUCGAGAUCGAGAUCGACCAGCCACAGCCAUCGUCGUCGACGUCGACUCAGUCGUCCAAAUGAGCAAACGCAAUUGUCACUCUGCCCAUUAGAUUGUCCAGUUUUUUUUUUCGCACCGGCUAGCGCAUAUAAAACUGAAGAGCUGGCUCAAAAUGCAUCUCACAUCUGAGCCGAGUUCUCGUAGUGCAGACACCUCCAAAAAUCCGAGCUCCCACUCACAAAACGCACAUCCUUCCGCGCCAUGUUUGCCCAGACUCUGUUCGUUUUGGGACUGAUCCUGUCGGUGGUCGUUGCCAUUCCCAUUGAUCCCUAUGGACUCUCCGCUCCGGCCAUCUCGUAUGCGUCACCCAAGCUACUGGCUGCUCCGGCUAUUUCGUACGCUGCUCCCAAGCUGCUGACUGCUCCCGCCAUCUCGUAUGCCGCCCCCAAACUCCUGGCCACGCCCACCAUCGUCCAGCACGCUGCUCCCGCCCUGAUUGCCGCUCCGGCGCCAGUGGCCGUGACUAAGGUGGCCGUUGCCGAGCCCUACGAUCCCAAUCCACAGUACAGCUUCUCGUACGGAGUGACUGACCACCACACCGGCGACUCCAAGCAGCAGGAGGAGACCCUGGUGAACGGCGUCGUCCACGGCAGCUACUCCCUGGCCGAGCCCGAUGGCACCAUCCGCAAGGUAACCUACACCGCCGACAAGAUCAACGGAUUCAACGCCGUCGUCGAGAAGAAGGGCGUGGCCGCCGUCGCCAUUGCCAAGCCCGCUCUGGCAGUCGCCGCUGUUCCGGCCAUCACCAAGAUCGGAUAUGCCGCGGCGCCGGCCCUCACUCUGGGUGGAUACCACUAAGUGGCGGUCCUCCUUCAGGACACACCCAUCGUCGAUGACAAACUCUCUGGCCUAGUUCUAGGACCUGUUGUUAAAUAGUUCUAAUGCAUCAUCACCAUACCCGAGUAACCCGAUCUUCUCAAGCUCAAACCCCAAAAACCCGAAACACAAGGACGUGCGUGCUGUUGCCCCUCGCUGGAGACCCACAUCCCUAGUCCUUAUCCUGGUCCGAUGAAGGAACCACCACAGAUUACGUUUAGGGAUACCGUUCUGGGGAUCUGGGGAACGGCUAUCGGCCACUUAGUUAGUAUCUGCAUUUACUGAAUAAAAGUUUCGGUACA